AUGGAAUAUAAUCAAGACAUACAGAUUAGGACAAGUAAAAGCAGACAACCUGACCAUCUGAAAAAACAAGUGAAUAACAUAUUAUUAGAUAACUUUGACUAUCCUGAGGAUGCAACUGAUGAGGAGCAAGAAGACUUACCUUAUGAUGGAGACCUAGAAAGAACUUAUCAUCACAAUAAUGAAUCAAAUAAUUUGAAAGCCUGUGUUUCUGUAGAAAACAUUUCUGAUAAUUUCUUAAAUUUGACCUGUUCUGAAAUUAACAGAAGUUUAAAAGAAGAAAUAAAUUAUGAAACACAACAGCUAUCUCAAGAAAAGGUCUUCAGCCACCGUACACCCGCCACAAGAACAAAUGGAAUAAUGAUUGAAAUGGCAAUAGAAGCUCCUGUGAGUGGCAUGCCUUUGGAGACAGAAUUAUCAGUUGGAGCUUUUAGCAGCCUAGAUAGGAAGGAACAUUUCACCAACUCAAAAAUUUCUGAUGUUCUUUUGCGUCAUUUUUCCAAAGAAGAGUUAUCAAACACAAGCCAAUUAAUUGAUUGUGAAACUAUCCCGGAAACAUCCUUUACUGAAAGUGUUGAUGAAACUGUCCUCACUAAAACUAGGAUUUCAGAAUGCUCCAAGCGCACUUUACUAACAGAACAAUGGGCAGAGCAUUUUGAAGACUAUCAUUUAAACAGACAAGAAGAAAUAUCUGAAGAUGAUUACAAAGAUAAAAAUUUGCUAGAUGAAAAUAAAUUUGUUAUAGGUGACAGAGCUACUUCUUAUGGUGAUGAGAAAGACUGCAUACAAGAAAAUUCACAGUUGAUAGCUGAAAAUGAAGAUACAAAUAAUUUCCAAAACAUAAGAAAAAAUCACAGUCACCAAAAAGGUUUGUUUGAAAGAACAGGUUCAUCUCAUGAACUCAAAUAUGGUCAAGGCCAAGUUAAUUAUUGUCUUCCUGACUUCUCUAAAGUUGCUCCAAAAGUCAAAAUACCAAAAAGAAAUAACAGUGAUAAAUCAGCUCCCGUAAUUAAAAGAACCAAAUUCUCGCCUAAUUUGGUUGGUAAAUCAGCAAUUGUGAACAAUGUUUUAGAAACUAUGAAUUAUUUUGAUUCUGUUGAAGUAAAGAAUCAAGAAGAAGAAAUGAGAAUUCCUGAACUUUUACAACAGCUAGAGUUGCUGACAAAACAUGCUGAGGCUCAGAAUCGUAUUGAUCAUUUGAGGUUUGAUCCUAAGAUAUAUACUCAUUCAGCUUCUCCUAAUCCAAACCUUUCCAUUCACUCAAGAUGUAUGGGUGCAGCUUCUGAAGAGUCUAUAUUUCAUCCCCUUACUGUUCCUAUCCAGCCUCUGCUUGGUUUGUACCAAGCAUCUUUUUCAGGAUUACAAUCUGGGAGACUGAUUUCAUCAUUACCGUCAGCCAGUUCAGCAGGAGAAGUACACUGUUUAAAUCCUAACUUGAUGCAAAAUACAACAAAAGGAGAAAAGAUGUCUCAAAUGCUAAAGGAGCAGGCAGAGCAACUGAAAGCUAAAGUGGAAGAAUUUUCUAAAUGUGUAAUGCAGGAGGCCUUCCCUUUGCAAGAUCGCUGUCUGGUAUUAAAGGAACUAAAAGGAUACCUUGACACAUUGGAACGGAAAUAUUUAGCCACUAAGGAGGAGCAUCGUGGUUUACAGCUACAGAACUACAAUCACAAAUCCAUAAGUGUUGGCGAGUUUGAUCCCGACAGAAAGGUGGAGGGGGAAAUAUUUAGGCUUGGUAUGCUGCUUGAAGAUGUCAAAGAGAAAAUUGAUGACAAUAUAUGUAGUCCAUGUCCAUCUUCAUUCACAACAUCUCCUACAUCUCCUUCGCUCACUCCAUGUGAAUCUGUGUGUUCAUCCUGUUCUCGUCUUCGUGAGAGCUCUGUGGUUUCAAGCAUUAGUGAUCCUCCAGAAAGGUCUGCUACUGAAGUGAAUUUUCAUAAUAAUGAAAGGAACGAGGGAGAGAAUAGAAGUCAUGCAAUCGAUGUGAUCCCAAAGAAAACCAGUCAGCUUUCUUUACAAGAUGACAAUUGUGAUCCUUUUCCUAAAAUCCAAUUGGGAUUACAAAAAAGAGAUGCAUCUGCCUAUGUAAAAGGAAUGGAGCCCCUGGAAAAAGCAGGACUGCUAGCAAAUAAGCACUCUUCAGAUGUAAUGCAGUGCUUCCUUCCACCUGAGGCAGACAAUGGGUCUGGAGGCCUGGAAUCCCAAAGGCAGCUUAUAUUAAGUCAAAAACGUAACACUAAUCAAGAAAACCCAAAAGGGAGUUUAAACUUUUGGCAAAUGAAAUCUCCACCCAAAACCAAGUCUUACAAUAUGUGCAAUUUGGAACACAAAAUUAUUAAUCUAAAUGUGCAGCAAGAGCAAGGCAAUUUAGCACAUCCCUCAGAUCAUUGUUUUUGUGGAAGGGUAGAAAACUGUUCAAAUGCAUAUGAAGCUGCUCUAUAUCCCAAAUGGAAAAUACACUGGUCAAAAAAUGCAAACAAAGAACUUUGUUCCUGUUCUGUCAAUAGAAAUAAAAAGACAGAGGACAGAAAAACUGAUAGUGAAAAGUCAAAAUGUGGAAGGUAUUCAGUCUUCAUUCAGGAAAAAGCAGUGGAGCUAGAUUUGUCAGGCAGUGAUUCAGAAGACAUCUCAUUCUGUGAUUCCUUUCAUGAGUCACACAGUGAUGAAUUUCUGGAACACAAGACUAAAAAUUAUAAAUCACGUAGAGCAGGAUUAAAAGAACAAAGCAAAGCCUUACAAUACAGGGAUUGGAAUAUAAAUUUCUGCACUAGUUGUCAAAGAAACAAAUGCAGCAGGGAAUCUGACAAGAAUAAUAUUGCUUCUUCACAGAAGAAAAGAAUUUCCGCCAAUAGUGUUUGUACAAGUAAGCAACCAGAUCAAUUUGUAUACAGACUUUCUGACAAAGACAACUUAGAGACUCCCAAAACCUGCUACUCAAGGAUGCAUGAUACAGUUAUUCUUUCACCUCAAUACCUAGCCAGCAGGAAGGUUUAUGGAAGUAAAUCAAUGAUCAAUAUUAGAAACAGACACACCAGUUAUACUGACACAAAGAUUUUAAACUCUACUUUGGAUCAUGCAAUACAGACUGCAACCACUUUGAAGGAAACUACAGAACGAAUGGUACAAGUAGUUGCAGAAGAUCUAGCUAAAGUCAAAACUCAUCGAAGUAAGCAGUUUUUUAGCUGGUCUGUUUCAAACAUUUGA